AUUAUGGAACAAUUGAACGUUAAUUCUAAUGGCGAGAAUGUGCCUGGUCACGCUCUAGAGCCAAUCAUUAUGCCCCCAUCCCCUCCCACCCCCACCGGCAGUGGUAUCUUAAGGCCAAUGACACCGUGUGAUCGGUCCGACGUGUACGCCAUGAGACCCAAUAUUACACUAAUGGCCUCACAAAAGAACCCUGGUUGGAAUACUAGUCAACACCCGCCCACCCCCACCGGUGGUGAGCGUAGAAAGUUGACCAGGGGUAAAAGUAUAAAAUUGGAUUACAUGGAUCAAUUGGAUCACAUUGACACUGGGUCUGUGGAUGAACUAUGGGGAAAAAAUCUAUUUUUAGAUAUAAGCUCAUCGAGUGUUAGAGCACCGGGAGGAAGUGCAUUGUGUGACAAAAAUAUGUUGAAAUGUGCUAAUAUGGUUAAGAGUUUAUUCAUAUAA